AUGGCUUUGAAACUUGACAUGAGCAAGGCAUGCUCCCUUUCACCUUAUUUGUUUCUCCUGUGUGCAGAAGGGUUUUCGGCACUUCUCAAGCGAGCAGAGCAGGCAUGUCUCUUUUCGGGUAUUUCCUACGCGCAUCAGGCUCCAAAGGCGAAUCAUUUACUAUUUGCCGACGAUAGUAUUUUAUUUGGCCAAGCGGAUGAACAGAAUUGUAAUGCAAUUAAGGUGAUGCUGGAGACUUAUGAGAAGGCUUCGGGGCAGGCUACCAAUUUUCAGAAGUCAAGUAUAUACUUUAGCCCGAACUUGUCUGAAGAAUGUAAGGGUAAUAUCUUGACCUCUCUUGGCCUCAGUAAUAGUGAUUCUCAUGACAUUUAUUUAGGCCUCCCGGCUUUUGUGGGACGCAAUAAACGGCGUUUAUUUAACAAUCUGAAAGAAAGAGUUUGGAAGAAAUUGCAGUUGUGGAAAGGUAAGUUAUUUUCUGUUGGAGGUAGAGAGAUUCUAAUCAAGGCUGUUGCUCAGGCUACUUCCACCUAUGCUAUGAGCGUCUUCAAGUUACCAUCCACGCUUUACGAGGAACUCCAAUCUCUUGUCUCUAGAUUUUGUUGGGGAGGAAAUUGA